AUGAAGCAGCAAUGGGAAGAAAAUGGUCGGAAUUUUGCAGAUACAGCAGCGAAGAAGACAUGGGGAAAAACGAAAAAGAAACUAUUGUACAAGAACUAGUAGAGUUCGUUGAAGACAUCGUUGCCGCACCUGCUCUUUUCCUUUUGAUAGAAGUGGUUUCGCUUAUGUUCAUCACGAUGACCUUCUUCAUCACCUUGUUUAGAACUUGAACUUGCUUCACGACAAAACGAAAAACCUCGUCCUGACAUCAACAUACUAACUUACAAUAAUACAUUACUACCAACUACACCAGCAUCGGCGUUUUUUCCGCCAGAGGAACAAUCAAACCGGACGGAACGCGUGCAUCUAAAGCUGCCAUCGCCAUGGUCCGUAUCAUUCAGAAAGUCCGCACACAGAUCAAAUCCCUGAAAACACGUGACGAUCUGAUUGCCAACCUCGUUCACUGGCUGACUGAGCAGAACGAAAGUUCGGGUGAAAAAGUACGUGGUGAUGCCAGACACAACGAAUGGUGGGUCGACGUCGGCGUAGCAGAACACAUCGAGCCUCACGAGCGUGAGCGCAAUCAACGCACCCUACAGCGGUUGCAGGCACAAGAGGCGUCCAAACUGUCACUAGCAAAAGCAGAAACGGUCUUCCCAGGCGUCGGAUAUGUCAAGGACGCUCGUGACGCUCGCAUAGAACUGCAGGAUUACAAGGGGCAACGAACACCAUCAAUUAAGGCUCAAAGUAAUUGUAAUUCGUACGCACACUAUCUAAAAGUAUGACACACACACACACACACAGAUUAUUUGUUCACUCAGGUUCCUUCUACCUGCAUUUUGAGAAUAUGUCGGGAGUAGAUGUUGAAUCAUUCAGGAAGAUCUAACUCAAGGAGUGGGCGACGUGGACGACGCCCAGGUGGUCCAGAUGGAACUCCUGGAACUAAUUCUACAGCUAGUAGUCGUCCAAUAAGUGCAGGAGGGAGAGCUGGAAUGGGCGGUGGGUCUGGAGGACAAUACGGAGGAGACUAUGACGACGAGGAUGGUGGAGGAGGCGCCGCACUGGUGGGUACGUCAGGGAGGAGCAGCGAACUUGAGCAAGCAGCUGCUCUGCGAACGCGCAACAGCAUUGCGAAGAUGAUGGAAACCGGAGGCGCGAUGUCCUUGAGUGCCGGUCAACGGUCUAUUCUUGUCGCACAUCAGAGUCCCUACUACCGCAAACGAACUCGUAGUGCCCAAGCUCCUGCGACCACAUUGCAUAGAAUGCGGGCACAGACUUGGAAUGCCGCCACCUGUGACCAUAUAGGUUUCAUGAAGCAGAAUCACGAUGCUAGGAAUCUGUUGAAGGAGAAGGAGCAGUAUCCUGAAUGUGCCUUGGAGCCACCAAAGUUUGCUAUCAUGGAACCACAAAAGGCCUGCCGUGACCGCAACAUCACAGAUCGGCCGCUUACUGCCAGUUUCGUUCGUGCCGCUGCAAGGGAUGAUUUUGGGUACGGUAUUCGACCUAUGAUUGGUAUGCGCUCAGACUGUGCUGAGACCUUUGCUGGUAUGGAGACCGCUGUCUAUGAACCUUAUUCUUGUGAGGGCGACGGUUUUCUUGUGGGACCAGAAGACCUGAAGGCCAAAAUGCGAAAACGAUUAAAGGAUGACAGGAGGUUGAAGUUAAGGAGAAAAAACGCGAGUUCUACCCAGAGCAACAAACUAAAUGUAAAUGAUAGCUACCGGUCGUCGGCCUACUCAAGUACACGUCAUACAAAAGGACAUUCGGUGAUGUGCUUACACCUACCCUUCUUCCUUUUUAUUGAUUGCAGUCGCUGCAACAAGUAGUAGAAGUAGAAGUGUGUGCGUAGAAGUGGUCGCGUGUGCAUUCUUCCUAUGUAUUCCUCUAAUGCUUGCCCAAGACCGUGCUUUGAAAAGCUACCGCAAGGCUCUGAUGCGGAGGGCGAGAAAGCUCUACACUUUCGCUUCUGCGGUGCAUCAGGCAGAAAAAAAGGAACCGGAAGAAGGCAGUGCGCAACUCAAGAAGGCCUUCUCGAUGUCCGUAGGUUUCGGAAUCUUCAGCUCUUCGGACGAAGAAAACAGCGAUGAUGAACGCGCAGAGGAACGUCGGAAGCAGCGAAUCAGGGAGAUGCUAUCUUAAGGCUUGAGAAAAUCCAUCUUCACAGGCAUCUUUGUCCCGUUUUCAAGGGAAAAGGAGAUCCAAGAUGCUCACCGCGAUGGAUUUCUGCAAGGUCUAACUAUCGAUGGAGAACCUUGGGAAUUCACUAGCCGCUCGCAUGGUGAAGCAGAUUUGUGUGGAUUUUGAGCAGAGAUUGGAGAUGGCGAAGGCGAUCCAGAAGACCAAAGAGGAGGACCGUUUGGUUGAGGGCGGACGCAACAUUCGCGAUCUCGCAGCCGAAAUCAAGAAUGAGCAUGAACUAGGCGAGUUCCUUGGGGGACUUCCACAAUCAGCAGAUGUUCUCAAAAAGCCCCUCAAAGCGGGAAACAUCAUCAGCACGAGAGAAGCCAGGUACGCGAAAGCAUGUGAGGCCAACAAGAUCGUCCCCGUAGCGCCAGAAUUGGAUUACGAUGGACAUCCGUUUUUAGGCGAUAAGCGGUUGAUGGCGGCAGAAUUCGCAGAACAGGGUGGAGCCAAGGACUCCACUGCACCGCCACCAAAUGCAGCAGCUGGAACAUCAAGUCUAGCUAGUGCAGGAGGAGGGCCUGAGCCUCAAGCCUGCGCUUGGAGAACCUUGCGAAUAGGAGGCUCGUGUCACUGGCAGAGUGUCUACAACUUGUUGCGGAAUAGACCCUGGAGCAACUUGCGGACCCUAGAGAUCUGGGGAAAUCUGAAUGGAGAUCGUGCUUUUGGAGUCAUGGCUUUACAAGCAUUGUUCCAGAGUGGGAACAAGGAGUUGGUGAGCUACAAAAGCAAGCAUGGGGUCGACUUGCGGAAUUUACUGAGACACGCAGUGGAUACGACAAUUGAGGCGCCAAACACCAUGGCAGGACGCGGUGCGAGGAGUGGAUCGACUAAUUUUACUUUGGUUAUGGCUUCGUUUGGCUUUUACAGUACUCAGUGAGGGUAAAAAUCAGAAGGUACAUCUACAUUUAGCGUCUUCUACUAAAAUAGCAGCUCAUCUAAUGCCUACACUAGCCUCCGAGCUGAGAAUGUUGCCGAAUUUCCGAACGACCUUCCAAGGUUGAGCGGGGACGUGAAUAUGCCUAGGAGACCCGAUGGACCCUCGAUGAUUGAUAUACCGUCUAUUGCAGCCGAUGCAACCUCUCCUUUCCAACUGAAGAAAGCUCUGCCGCUUCUGAACGCCAAGAAGAAUAGCGAAUUUCGCUAUGAACGUGAAAACGUCUUGCGAAAUCGCGAGUUGAACGGCACGCAACAUGCUGUGGGAGUUCAUGGGACCAGGAAGGAAACUUUGCUUCACGACGUGGGACUAGGGAUCCGGAGGCGGCCAGUGACGAGUGGUGGUGAGGCGGGUUUGCGCGGUGUAAAGAUCGGCAAGUCAGACGUGAUACACAACAAAUUUCCAAGAUCAGGCCAAGAAUACCGUAGUUUUAAAGCAGUCACUGGAGAUUCCAAUGCGAAACAUGAGGCUUUGCAAGAGAUGGGCUUCAUCGAGAAGGACGUAACGACGCCAGUCAAAGACGAUGACAUCAGAGCAAGUGGAACUCCUGGACGUUUCAGUGGUCUUCCAAACAGCACCUCUAUAGGAGGCACUACAGGAGGUGGUGGUAGUGGAGCUUUUGCUAGUGCCGCUAGUGGUGGUCCUGGCGCAAGUUUGAGUCAGUUCAUGUACUAUAAUGAACCAAGCGCUGCAGGCGGUUCCGCCGGAACAACGACAAGUGGUUCUCGCAACAGGAACGUCUCUGCUGCAAGAGGAUCUCCCAUUUUGAAUAGUCCCAAACACGACGCGGCGGGAGGUGGGCCCAGGACUACCAACAACCUUUUGGACCGAAGAGGAGGAUCUUUACUGGUUCAUGGCAUUUCAGAGGCAUACAGAAAUAGUCCGGCGUACCUCAAGCGGAGCGGGCAGGCGAAACAAGCGUUGGUGAUAAGCUCUCUGGACGAUUUGGAAGAUGAGGAGCUAGAAGAGCAACAUGUGCGUCAACGAGAUUUGUUCUUGUCUGCAAAUAAUGGUAGGAUCAAAUCGAAGUUUUUGGCUGCCAUUCCAGUAGCCGGUGGCAACCCGGUUAGUGCGAAGGAGAACCUGCGUGAGCGAGAGGAGCAUCAUCGACGUGUCACAUUAUCGUCUCAGCGCUCGAGUCCGCGAGGCGCCAGCAGCAG